GCACUCACAGUCACACAGUCUUUCCCUCUCACUCUUUCUGUUUUACUUCAGUCCUUCCAUAGCCAGACAAUCGAGCAAACGAUGCUCAAGAUCAUGAAGGAACUCGGCCUUUUCCUCCUCCUCCUCCUCCUAGUAACGGCCGACGAGGCCCGGUCUUCGGAUCCGGCGAACGGCGAGGUGCCGCCGGCGGAGGUGAGGGAGGUGUACGGCAACGGCCGGCUGUUCGACAUUACCCACAGGUUGAAACCCGACCUGCCCAAGUUCGAUUCGACUGGCGGGAUUGGGCAGCUGUAUACGCUGGUGCAGAGCAUCAAGAACGGCUCGUCGUAUAACGAAGGGGAGAUCAACCGGUUGCUCACCCACACCGGAACCCACGUCGACACGCCGGGCCAUUUCUACCAGAAGUACUUCGAGGCCGGCUACACCAUCGAGUCCCUCGAUCUGGACGUCCUCAACGGCCCAGCAUUGUUGAUUGAUGUUCCCAGGGACAGCAACAUUACUGCUAAAGUUAUGGAGUCAUUGCAAAUCCCAAAAGGAACCAGACGUGUGUUGUUCAGGACUCUGAAUACCGAUAGGCGUUUGAUGUACCAGACGAACUACGAUUCAAGCUAUGUCGGGUUCAUGACCGAUGGGGCUCAGUGGCUUGUGGACAACACAGACAUCAAACUUGUUGGAGUUGAUUACUUAUCUGUUGCUGCCUUUGUCGACCUCGUUCCGACUCAUCUAGCUCUCCUGAAGAACAGGGAAAUCAUUAUUGUCGAAGGCAUGAAGCUUGACGACAUUGAAGCUGGACAGUACGUUGUUAAUUGCUUGCCUAUCAGGCUGGUUGGAGCUGAUGGAGGGCCAACAAGAUGCAUUCUCGUCAAGAACUAGGCCUUGGUCUAGUAGUAAUCUCAUUAGUUUUGAAUAUGGCGAUAUGAAGUUCCAAUAUCUUAAAUAGCAUCCAAUCACAAUUAAAGAAACAUAAAACACCCCUUAUAAAAAAUAAAAAGAUGCAUUCUAAUCAAAUAACCAUCUAUAUAUGCAUUCUAAUCAAAUAACCAUCUAUGUGUAAAGUAAUAUGCUCUGAGGUAAUACAUGCUGGAAUAUAUGUUAAAAGGUAAUUUGCAAUAAUGAAGUUUAUCAUCCAUUACAAUCACAUCAAAGGACAACCUCAUAUUCUACCAAAAAAAUGGACAAUCUCAUAUACAAUAAGUUUGAACAUGGAGGAUUCUACCAACAAGUUUUGACAAGGUGAUGAGAAGGCGCAACCACCCAAAUAAUGAGUUGAAUAACAAGUCUCCAUGGCCAACAACUUAAUUAGAGGAAGACAUGAUGAUGCAUGAAAUAAAUUGGAUGGACCAAUGAAUGGUUACUUUCAUUACCAAUUCAUGCACAUGGAGCAACGUGGGAGAGAGAGUACAAAAGCAUUGUUUGUGUUUGAGUGUAUUUUCUGAAUGGAGUGAAACAUCAAAUAUUUCAUUUGUGAUUGUUCCUAAAUCAUACUACACUUUCGCUAAUACCCACCAAAUUUGGGUGUAAUACCUAAAAGCCAAUAUCCUUCUAUCUUCUAAAAAAAUCUCCACUUUCUUGCUAGACAAUUUUUUCAAAAAAUAGCCACGACAGACAGCGUCUUCAUCCAGUACCAUGCUUGUCACCAAUGCAGUCAAAAUCUAGAUUUUAAGUAAAAUCGAAAACUGAGGUAGAAUCGAAAUCGUAGAUUAAAAUCGUAAAAUCGUAAGAUUUUAAGGUUCAUAUUAAAAUAAAUACUUAAAACACUAGAUAGUAAUAAAAAUGCAUAUCUUGAAUAACAAUCAACCACAUAAAGCAUAAUUACUUCCCAAGAUAAGUUUGUUUGCUAAACAAACACAACUAAUCCAUAUAUUUUUCUUGUACAUAAUAGAAACACACAAAUAAGAAACCUGAAACAUUAUAGAUAUCCCUGUUAAUUAAUUGUUAAGAGUAGAAAAUCACAUAUGAUCGUUAGGAUCAACAUUAACAUCACUGACACAUCAUCAUCAUCAUCCUCAACCUCACCCUCACUCUAAUCGUUUUUGUUUGUUUAAGGACUAAUAUCAUUACUCUUAUGAUCACUUGAAGUACUUUCACCAUUAACCAUAUUUCCUUGAUUAUCAUCAUCUGGAAAAGAUAACUCAUUGAUUGAUGCAUUCCCUUCUUAAUUGAUAAAAGGUCGGGCUAGUGGUGCUGAAGGAUUGGGAGAUGAACAAAAGCUUGCAAUGUAAUGGAGAUUUGGAUUAUUGUGAGGGUGGUGGGAACAAAUUACAAGCUAAUUGGGAGGCUGGAAGAUAUCGUUGAUGAAAGGAGUAGGGCGCCGACGUGCGAAAGAGGAAGAUACGAGGAAGAGAAUGAAAAUAAAUUGAGAGUUAACUCUCAGGUUGGGGUUGUGUUGUUCAUUAUGUUGGGUUGGGGAAAGUAAAUUUGACUCGGUUCAUGGGCAUAACCCAACUUGACCGGCCUAAUUUUGAUCCAAUUGAUAUGAACCUUGAAAUCGUACAAAAUAGUAGAAAUCGUAGAUUUUAUGGAUUUUAGAGUUUUAAAUCGGGAUUUUAUGGGAUUUUAAGGUUCAAAGAUUUUACAGUAAAAUCAGGAUCGAAAC